AUGUCUGACCCUCUCUCAGCAACAAGCAGUGUAAUAGGCGUCGUCUCAUUAGGCCUGGUCGUCUGCCAGGGCUUGGCUACCUACUUUUCCACCUACAAAGGUCAAGACCAAUAUCUCGACAGUCUCACCCAAAGAGCCGAAAACCUCCAAGGGUGUCUCACCUUGUUACAACAUGCUCUCCCACUAUGGACGGUGCGGUUUUCCGACACAGCCCCCCACAUCGAACAGCAUAUCACCGCGUGCCAGGCCAGCAUCGUGGUUUUGAGCAGUAAGCUUUCUGGAUUCAAGCGGACGCAAGGACCUUCGUUGCACAGAGACAAGCUGCGCUAUGUCGCACACAAGGCAGCCUUUCCAUUCACAAAGGCCACUAUCACAGAGCUAUCGGGCAUACUUGAUGGUUUACAGGAAAACUUGAACACGGUCCUCUGCAUUGUCGGGCUGUAA